GUCACACAGAUUACCUGUCGCUGUUAGUUUGAGCUGCCUCUUUACCCUGGAGAGAAGAACCGAGACGGUCAGAGCGAGUGACUAGAGCCGUGCUGCAGAUCCCACUGACAAUACCUGAACAACUUCUAAACAGAAUCCUGUGUGCUGUCAUGGACAGUGUGGAGAUGGAAUCUUUCCAGAUUAAAGAGGAGUUCCCUGAACUUGAACCUCUCCCCUUUACAAUGGAGUUCUUUGGGCUGGCUUCCCUCCUCAUUAAACAGGAGCUCUGUGAGAUGCAAUGUGACAGCAGCCAGCCAGAGGUCUCUGAGAUUAAAGCUGAGCACAAUGAAUUGGAGAUCCCCCAGACAGAAGAACCCCUUCCUGUUAAACAAGAAGAGGUGCUGGAAAUUGUCUGUAUUAAAUGGGAGCCCCCUGAAGUAGAGUUUGCCCACACGGAACCAGGGAAGGAAGAAUCUGAGGACUUCAAACCAAACAUCCCAGAGCUGGAGCCUGUACGCCUGCGGGAGUGUAGCGUGGUGCUGGAGAGAGUCUGCAUGAGAGAGCAAGGUGCUGGAGAGGAAGGCUCUCCCAACAGCAUGCAAGGAGGUGGACAGGGAGACAGGCGCUCACAUUCAGAAUGCAGUCUAGCAGGUUCCAGUCCAGCAGCUAAAGCGAGGGCAGGCGGUGGAGAAUAUCCUGACUGUGGGAAAGGUAUCACGCUGUUAGGGCAUUUAAACAAAACCCAGCGGACUUCCACAGGAAAGAAACCGUAUCACUGCUAUGGCUUUGGGAAGAGUUUCAGUCAGUCAGGAUACCUUGUUUCACACCAGCGAAUUCAUACAAGAGAGAAACCGUAUCGCUGCUCUGACUGUGGGAAGAGUUUCAGUGUGAAACAAAGCCUUCAAAACCACCAGCGAACUCACACAGGAGAGAAACCGUAUCGCUGCUCUGACUGUGGGAAGAGUUUCGGUCACUCAGGAACCCUGAAAGCACACCAGCGAACUCACACAGGAGAGAAACUGUAUCGCUGCUCUGACUGUGGGAAGAGUUUCGGUCACUCAGGAACCCUGAAAGCACACCAGUGGACUCACACAGGAGAGACACCGUAUCACUGCUCUGACUGUGGGAAGAGUUUCACUGUGAAACAAGUCCUUCAAAACCACCAGCGAAUUCACAGAGGAGAUAAACUUUAAAAACCAUGUUCAAUGGGACUUUUCACUCAUGAAGGGGAAAAAAAUAUUAACCUUGAAUUACGAAUCCCUGUGUAAAAACGGUUUUGUAGAUCACUCUUAAGAGCAUGCAUUUAAAACUCUAAAAGUGGGUGGUGACGCGGACACGUCACAAGAGGCUUCUCUGCUGUCAGUUUAACUCAGGCUGUCAAUGCAGUCAGUGCCUGGGGGCAGGAAUAUGCAGAAAGGAAACUAUUCCACACCUCAUCUGAUGGACAAGUCAGGAGAAAUCAAUAACUCAGUGUGGAAAUGAGUUUCAGGAUUUAACAUUUUGAACUUACUGUAUUUAUUU